AAUUGUUACUUCAGGGCCACAGAAUUGUUACUGAGGGACACAGAAUUGUUACUGAGGGCCACAGAAUUGUUACUGAGGGCCACAGAAUUGUUACUCAGGGCCACAGAAUUGUUACUGAGGGCCACAGAAUUGUUACUUAGGGCCACAGAAUUGUUACUAGGGACACAGAAUUGUUACUCAGGGACACAGAAUUGUUACUCAGGGCCACAGAACUGUUACUGAGGGCCACAGAAUUGUUACUUAGGGCCACAGAAUUGUUACUCAGGGGGACACAGAAUUGUUACUCAGGGACACAGAAUUGUUACUGAGGGCCACAGAACUGUUACUUAGGGCCACAGAAAUUAGUAUGUCAGACAACAUGCAGAGGAGUGGCAGAGGAGGCAAUGUUUUAGGAGCGAGCAGACGUGGCAGCAGAGGAAGGGGUCGAGGCAGCA